AUGCGGCACAGCAGACAUGGAGCCCGCCCCGCCGUUUCAGGCUUCCUGCUCGACGCGACGCCGCUCGAGUGGGACGAGUCUCUCGAGGUGAUCCGGUACGUGCGGGAGCACGGCAUCGCCCAGUUCAUCCACCUCUACAAUCGCAUCAAGGAUAUCGAGGGUGACCGGCUGCUCUGGGGCGACGAGACGGAGGUUGCGUCACCGUACCAGCAGAUGCAUGCAUGA